CUCGCAAGGCCGCCUGCACGGGGGAGCUCCCCUGCCAGGCCUGUCAACGGUCAAACAGCCUUUGCCAAUACCCCUGCAACACCACCGAGCCGGCCCGAGCCGCUGAGGACCGAGCUGCCGUGCCAGUCGAGCCGCAAACGCCAGCUUAUACCACAGAGUCCUCCCUAUACACUUCCGCCUUGCUGCACGACCAGCCGAGCGGCGACGGAUGCUUCGACGUUGAUACCAUGCUGCUGGCAGGGCAGAGUGGCCACACCCCUCCACAAUCGUUUCAUCUUCCAACACCCGCCGGACCCGAGCGAAAUGGGUCCAUUGCUACUCUGAACUCCAAUGACGUACCAUGGGAAGCACUGGACAGGGCAGCAUCUCAACACCCGCGAGAGAUCCCAGCAGAGCCAGCGCACUUGACGGCUUACCCGCCGGUCUCGCCGCAGAGUCCCGACGAAAACUAUCGCGUCGAGCCCUUUGCACGAUUGUCGACGCUUGGGGCGGAGGCCGCACUUCCGACGGCCAGUCCAGAGCAGCCAUUGCCAAGGCCACCAGUCACUUCGGAUUCACCCCAUGCCAUCACAACAGCUGUCUCAUCUAUUGACGAGACAGGCGCCGUCCGCGGGAGGAUAUGUCCUGAUGGCCCAUCCCAAGAUGAAAUGCCUGCUGGUGCUACCGCGCCAGCCUCCCACCUUGACAGACAGACACUCGACUAUAUUUUCGACUCUACUUUUCUGGAGUCUGCGUUGCCUUCUAGUGCCCAGGACCUUUGGCUUCCGGCCCCCUCCGGCAUCUUCAACUCCAGCCUAGCAUUCCUAUCCACGACUAACGAAGCUGGCCUUUCAUGGUCAUCGCAUGGCGAUGCAUGGGCUCCAGACAACCUGCCUUUGUACAGUGAGGCUUCCGACACGGCGUCAAGGCCCGCUGCACCGUCCCUAUUUCCUUUGGGGCUCCAAACCCUCAAGCACUGCAUUGAUAUUUUCUUUGCCAAGUUCCACCGCCUGUGGGCAGUGGUCCAUAGGGCAACGUUCAAACUAGAGACAGACGACCAAGGUCUGGUAGACACCAUGGCCAUGAUUGGUGCGUGGGAGUCGGGUAUCCCCUCGUGGAUGGACGCGGCCCUUGAUAUUCAUAAGAAAAUCACUGAGAAGCUUCGAGACAAACUAGUAUGUUACCAAGUCACCCGAGAAUUCCAGCGCGUGCAACUAAACAUGAGACUAUUCCCAGUUCAGCCCGGUGCCGAAGCAAGAUGUAGGGUUGCGCUGGCCUGUAUCUACCUACCAGACCUUGCUGCUGAAUGCAAUAUUCACGCUUCAGGUCUCGGUAAGCGUUUACUUUUCUUUAUUGCGCACCCUUCACCCUAUUUACUCCCCUUUACCACUUUGUAUUGACGUUGCGGCGCGUGAUAACGCUGUCAACUAAUGCGAUAUCCAGGACAACCAAUUCUUUAGUGAAGCAUAUAUGCAACACAGCAUCAUGCUUUCCGUAUUUAGGGAGGCCGGGCUGUUUAAUGAGCAGUAUAUUCUCGCACGCCAUGACGCCAAAGGCGCCAUUCCCUCAAGCUGGCUUAGGCGGGAAUCCUUGAAGAGGUAGCAGCUCUGGUCGAACAUUUCGAAAUCUUACCCAUCAAACUGACGCGUCCCCUUUUA